AUGGGUGGGCAAAACAUUAUCUUAUGCCACCUACCUGGAAUGGGGGUGACAAACGCAGCAAGUGCAGCAGAAAACCUUCGAAGAAGUUAUACGCAAAUAAGACUGGUAUUAAUCACUGGUAUUUGCGGGGCUAUUCCAUAUUUACCAAAUCAUGGUCAUGAAGAAGUUAUACUAGGGGAUGUCAUUAUUAGCGACAGUUUGAUCAAGUACGAUUUUGGUCGCAAGUACCCAGAUAAAUUUGAACGAAAAAAUGGCAAAGAAGAGAUCAUAGAACCGCCUAACUCAGAGAUUCGUGGGCUUCUGGGGAAACUGAAAACAAGGAGGUUCAAAGAUAAUUUCGAGAGAGAGGCCGCGGGGGUCCUUCAAGCGCUUCAGGCUGGGAAGGGCAAUGAAUGCUACCGCUAUCCUGGCGCCAAAAAUGACAUCCUUUUUCCGGCAGCUUACCCCCACAAAGCCUACCAGUUGGAAUCGCUCACCAAUUGCACUUGUUUCAAGUGCACCAUAGCGUCUGACAAGGUAUGUGACGGAAUACGGAAAAAAGACUGCGGAGCCCUUGGAUGCGGUGAAAGAACAAUGAGUGUCCAACGAGAGCGACUCGCGCAGAGCAAUAUUCUACCAUCUAUUCACAUAGGAAAAAUGGCUUCAGCCGAUACAGUGAUGAAAUCUGGAAAGGACCGGGACGAAUUAGCCAGGGAAGAAGACGUUAUAGGGUUUGAGAUGGAAGGGGCGGGCGUUUGGGGUAGAGUACCUGCCUGCGUCAUUAUCAAAGGUGUUUGCGAUUAUGCGGACAGCCAUAAGAAUAAGAAGUGGCAGCGUUAUGCCUCAGCGACUGCCGCUGCAGCAACUAUGGCCUUCGUAAAGUAUUGGGGGUCUAAUACUUACAGGUAA